AUGGGUCGUAUGCAUUCAAGUGUAUGUUCAGAAUUCAGUACUAAAACGACAACUACAACUACAAUUACAACUAUGAUAUUUUAAUUUAAUGUGUUGCAUUUUUUGGGUCUUAUUCAAAGUAAUUAAUUCGCCUACGGUUAUCGAAAAAACCUAGAAUUAUUAUUAUAUACGCUUUGAGUAUUUGAUACCGUGUAAUGAUUAAAUUAAGAAAGAGAGAAUUGAAUUAUAAGGUGUUAUAUUGUCCCUGGACUUUUUGCAUUUGUUGUCAAUUUUCUUUUUCCAAUCAUAGUUUUUAUUCUAGAUUCUAGAUUCUUUUAGAUUCUUUUAUGUUGAAUUAUUAUGCUAACAAUUUUAUUUAGGGUAAAGGUAUUUCAUCCUCAGCUAUUCCAUAUUCAAGAAACGCACCAUCAUGGUUUAAAUUAUCUCAAGAUGAUGUUGUUGAACAAGUUAUCAAAUAUGCUAGAAAAGGUUUAACUCCAUCUCAAAUUGGUGUUAUUUUAAGAGAUGCUCAUGGUGUUUCACAAGCUAAAUUUGUUACAGGUAAUAAAAUUUUAAGAAUUUUAAAAUCAAACGGUUUAGCUCCUGAAAUUCCUGAAGAUUUAUAUUAUUUAAUUAAAAAAGCUGUUUCUGUUAGAAAACACUUAGAAAGAAACAGAAAAGAUAAAGAUUCAAAAUUUAGAUUAAUUUUAAUUGAAUCAAGAAUUCAUAGAUUAGCUAGAUAUUACAGAACCGUUUCUGUUUUACCUCCAAAUUGGAAAUAUGAAUCUGCUACUGCUUCAGCUUUAGUUGCAUAA